CUGACACCGGGACGCUUGAGUGCGCCUCCCAUUUGCCAUUCUCCAGUUCCCAGUUUCCCCCUCGCCGCUUCAUUCUGACAAACUAAACUGUCAGAACAGCCAUGAGUGACCGGGCCUCUUCUCCUUCUUCACCCCUGCUCGGAUCAGAGGCAGACACUGGUUUUCCCUCACCGCUUGCAUCUGCAGAAUGUUGCGAGGAACACGAGGAGUACCUGUCCUUGUUCUGUCUGGAUGACUUGGAGCCUUUAUGUAAACACUGUGCAGCUGACAGCCACGCACGCCACAGGGUGUACCUUUCAGCGGAGGCCGCAAUCGACUGCAAGGAGGAGCUUAAAACAUCACUAAUUGGAUUAGACGCCAAGAUUAAAAACUUCGAGGACGUAAUGCAGGCCUGCAGAACAACAUCCAAGUGCAACCAGAGUGAUUCCCACCUCGCAGAGGAGAUUGUGAAGGAAGAAUUUGAGAAGCUUCAUCGGUUUUUGAGAGAGGAGGAAGCAGCCAGACUUCAUGCGCUGAUGGAGGAGAAGGAGGAGAAGAGCAGGAAGGCCGCGGAGAGGAUAAACCAACUAAACGAGGUGAUAUCAUCCCUGGAGGACAAGAUCCGGCUGACUGAACGGGAGCUCCAGGCCGGGGGAGACGGAACCAAAUAUUUACAGGAAUACCAAGAUAUGAGUAGGUAUGAGGAUUUAUCAUUUUUGUUGAUCCAUAUAAGCGACAAAAACAAAAAAUCACAACCAUCUGGUCUUUUGUCCAUGUUUACUCACUGUAGCACAGGGUGCGGUAAGCCAGGGAUGAUUCACAGGCCUUUAAUCAACGUGGCAAAACACUUAGGCAACCUCCGAUACGCCGUUUGGGAGAAGAUGAAACAAAUCGCCCCCUAUACUCCGGUGACUCUGGAUCCCGGAACAGCAGGCCGGGCUGUGAGGCCGUCGUCUUCAGAGCUGAGGCGUUUCCAUGUCGCCGCUGGACCCCGGCUGACUGCAGAGCAGCUUACGAACGAGCCUGAACACCUCCGCCCUCGUCCCGGCAUCCUGGCAGGAGAGGGCUUUAGUACCGGGGUGCACUGCUGGGACAUGGAGGUUGGGGAGACCGACAGCUGGACAGUGGGUGUAGCUGUUCUGUCAGCGCUGAAAACCACCGCAUGUGAUGCAUUCCCAGAAGCCGGACUCUGGUGCAUCAGGCUCAAGGAUGGAGAGUACCAAGCUCUCACGACUCCCACUCAAACCCUCGACGUCGGCGGCUCGCGCCACCUCAACACAGUCCGAAUAAAAUUGGACCUUGAAGGAGGGACGGUGACAUUUGUAGAUGCUGACAAGGAUGCGCCUCUUUUUACCUUCACGCAUUGUUUCACGGAAGCAGUCUAUCCUUACUUUGAGUCGUCGUCCGCAGGUGGAGGUGUCACAGUGUUGGAACAGAGAGUAAAGAUCAGCGUGGACUCGGAGGAUCGGCCCCCGGAAGGCAACUCUCCCACGGAGAAAAGUACCGCAACAAAUACAGCGAGCGAAACGGACCCCGCUGUUUUGUGCAAAAAGGAGGAACCAGAAAAUCUUGAAGGAAAGGAGAAGACGCCAAACACCAGAAAUAUUGUCAAGAAGCAGAGCAGAAAGAGCAGGUUUAAGGUGAGCUACCAUGUUUCACUGAACAAAGCCCUGAGCGGCACCGGCUAGUUUAACAACUUAUUCUUAUUACUAACGGAGAACACAUAUGUAGUUUUAUACCUUUAAUCUAGUUUUAUCAGAACAAGAAUCCAGAGAAACCCCUGCUGCUUCAUAAAUGAUGGAGUACUUUUUGUUCUUAUUUUGUUUGUAUUUCCUCUACUUCAUGUAAAGCACUAUGAAUUGCCUUGUUGCUGAAAAUGUGCUAUAGAAAUAAAAUUUUCCUCACCGUCA